UCAUAACCGGAAGCCGACAGUGAAUGUCUGUAACUUGACAGCGCCGGCCGAAGUCAUCAGGACUGGGAGAGACUUUACCGCCGCCGCCGCUUCCCUCCCGUCCGGUUUUAAAAGGAUAAUUUAACACAAUAACAAAGAAGUUUCUCGCGGAUUUACCGGAUUUUAACGGUUGUGGAUUCAGUCGUUACUUUCUUCUCUCAGCGGUGCUCAGACUGUUCGUUACCCCGCGGCUUGCGGCUAGCAUCGGUUACUGCUGCUAAACAUGGUGGCCUGUAGGCAAGAAGAAGAAACGAGCCCAGUUUUGGGGGUUUUAGAGGAUUUUUAAAGCCACUCGGACGGUUGUUACUGUGAAACACCGCUUCUCCGGACACAUUACUGCCCUCAUUUUAGAUUUAUUUGGAUGUUUGUGGACUUCGACGUGAGGCUGCCUUUCUGUUUACGUUGAAACACACAAGCGGUGGCGGAGCAGCAGCAGCAGCAGCAGCAGCACCGUCCGUGUUUUGUGGACCGUGGAUAAUUUGCAACGUUACUUUUAAUUUAAAAAGUUGUCGCCUCAAAGUUUUCCAACCCGAUUUGGAAAAGUUAUAAAAAAAAAAAACAUGCCCUCACAUCUGGAAAAACGCGUCAAAUAGCAUCACGGUUUUGUUUUAUGACCGUUGUGUUUAUAUCACGGGUGACUCGGACACUCAUAGAGAUGAACUGGUGCACAAGUGCAGCCUGCUGGGACUGUUUCAUCCUCUGAGAUAAUUCCCCGUUUGAGGUUUGAUUCAUUGUUAAUCUGUGGGUUAUUUUGAAUUAUUAUUAUUAUUAUUAUGGCCUAAUCCAAACCGCGCCAGACCGGGAACUUUGGGAAUAACUACAGACAUUGUUGAUGGUGAUGAUGAUGACAGAGAAAAGCGAUGGUUUCCCUUCGUUAUGAUUUUGAGUAGAGAGGAGUUAAUUACAUGGAGACUCGCCUGACAUGCCAAGGAAGGAGUUGCCACUACCUGAGGGUUGGGAGGAAGCCAGAGACUUUGAUGGCAAAGUCUAUUACGUUGACCACAUUAACCAGUGCACCAGCUGGAUCGACCCCAGAGACAGGCACACGAAGCCUCUGACGUUUGCUGACUGCAUCGGGGAUGAGCUGCCAGUCGGUUGGGAGGAGGCGUACGACCCCGUCGUCGGAGCGUACUAUGUCGACCACAACACCAAGAGCACCCAGCUGGAGGACCCGCGGGCCCAGUGGCAGCGGGAGCAGGAGAUCAUGCUGCGGGACUACCUGGCUGUGGCCCGCGAUGCACUCAGUGCCCAGAAGGAGAUCUACCAGGUGAAGGAGCAGAGGCUCCGCCUGGCGCAGCAGGAGUACCGGCAGCUCAAUGACACGUGGAGGGACAAGUCGACGUCACAGACCAGCUUGAAUUCCAGAUCAUCCUCGUCCAGCAAGUACGACCCAGACAUCCUAAAAGCAGAAAUAGCCACAGCCAAAAGUCGGGUGAACAAGCUGAAGCGGGACCUGGCCUGUAUGAAGCAGGAGCUGCUGUACAAAGAACAAGGCUUUGAGACCCUCAAAGAGAUUGACCUGAAGGUGUCCAACAGCCCGUAUGGCUACAAGCUGCAGGAGGCGCAGGCUAUCCUCAGCGAGGUCCGCACCAUCCGAGAUGCCAUCAGCUCUGGGGAGAAGGAGAAACAGGAACUCAUGCAGAAACUGGCGGUGCUGAAGGACGGUUUCCAGCUGGACUCGGGCUCCCAGCAGGAGCUGUGGGGCAGCAGUCCCUCGCUCGCCAACUCAGAGCUGUCCAUCCCUCGGCUCUACUCCGACACCGGCUCCCAGACCGACAUCCCGGCUGAGUUCAUGACCAGCAACAACAAACUGGCAGAGAAGGUUCGUCUGAGUCUGAAGUACGAGGAGGCCAAGAGAAGGAUCGCCACCGUCGAGGUGCAGAUCGCCAAACUGGACAGCGAGGCGUGGCCGGGACUGCUGGACCCGGAGCGAGACCGCCUCAUCCUCAUUAACGAGAAGGAGGAGCUGCUGAAGGAGCUGCAGUACGUCAGCCCCCGCCAACGGCUGGAGCCCAACGACGCCGAGAAGCUGGAGUCUGAGAAGAAACGUCUGGAGAGAGACCUGCAGGCCGCCAGAGACAACCAGAGCAAGGCUCUGACUGAGAGGCUGCGACUUCACUGCAAGAGGAACAAGCUGGUCAGAGAGCUGGAAGAGAUGGUUCGACUGGCCACUUCACUGCAUACUCAACUCAAAAGCCUGUCGGCCAGCACCCUGUCCUGUUCGUCCGGCAGCAGUCGAGGCUCUCUAACGUCCAGCCGCGGCUCGCUGGCCACCACCUCCAGCCUGGGCUCCACUUCCUCCCUCAGCUUCACCGACCUCUACCUGGAGCAGCCUGAGCUGGCUGACCCGGACUUCCAGAUCAAGCUGGACAGCCUCCUGCAGGAGGGCGGCCAGGCGGGCUACCGCCCCUCCAGCUCAAUCACAACCAUACAUGAACACGAAGUGGUGACGGGCUGCGGAGGGAGGGACGUUGGGAGGCCUGAGGUCAAAGCAGGCGGGGUAGGAGGAGACAUGGGGUGUUCUGCUGGAGGAGGUGCAGGAGGAGGCAGUGGUGUCGGAGUGGAGUUGGGGUCAUCCAGGAUCCAGGCUCUCAAACUGUCAGACACCCCUCGCUCCAUGAGCUCUUUAUCUCCACGGUCAUCCCUUUCCUCGCUGUCUCCGCCGUGCUCGCCGCUGGUCACAGACACUAGUUUCCUGUCUGGAGAGACAUUCGCAGGCCAGACGGGACCCGGCGGGUUGAGCCUGGAUCUGGAGCUCCACAGCAGGCUAGCAGAACUGGAGCUAAGUCUGGACUCUCAGCAGCAGCAGCAGCAGCAGGAGGAGCACGGAGGUCCUGGGGGGCUGGAGGAGAAGCAGAACCACAACAGCAUGCUGGGCGAGGAGGUCAAAGGCUCAGCUCCCCAGCUGCAAGGGACGGGGGCAGGGCCGAAGAAGAUGGGCGUGACCUCAGCAGUGUCUGACGAGUCAGUGGCUGGUGAUAGCGGUGUGUACGAGCCUUCAGAGCGCAGGCCGGGCCUCCCUGCCGACCUGCUCCUGGGCUCCUACGAGGAGAGGUUGGUGCUGGGCUGCUCUCAGGUGCAGCUCGGCUUCCGCUACGAGUCCAGAGACCAACGCUUCACCAUCUACGUCAUGCAGCUGUCCAACUGCAAUGCCCUCUGUCUGCCGGCUGACCAGAAAAUGUAUGUGCGUUCGGCGGUGCUGCCCUGCGGCGAGGCCACCCGCUGCCUCUUCCGAACACGUGGCUCACUGCCUCAGGACGUCGUGGAGGUCAACGAGGUGUUCGGCAUGCAGAUAUCCCACAGUGCAUUGCGGCAGAAGACACUGAGGGUCGACGUCUGCAACACCAGCAAGUCGGGCCAUGAAGAGUGUCUGGCGGGAGCCCAGAUCAGCCUGGCUGAUGUCAGCUGUUCGGAGGAGAGAUGCACCAAGUGGUACAACCUGCUGAGCCGCGCCUACAUGCCCGAGAUCAACAGCAAGGAAAAAGAGAGCAGAGCAGAUGGCGGCUCUGACAGGACUCGUGUUUCCAGCAGCGACAGAGUCGGAGCUCCUGAGGAUGAUGAGUGGCAUGGCGACCCUCUGGAGGCAGACAUGUUUGAUGAAGAAGAAGGAAAUGGAGUGGAGGGCGUGGGGCCUCUGGAGGAAGAGGACGAGUUUUAUCCUGAGAGCAGCCAAUGGGAAGCAGAGGAGGAGGAAGAGGAGGCGAAGGUGACAAAACCUCCUUCUCCUCCUCCGACAGCAGCAGCAGCCAUCACAGAAAAGGUGAACAAGGAGACGAGCAUGGACAACUUGUUGCCGUCCUACCACUGCUCGGUGGUCCGACCCAAGGAACGCCGCCCGGAUGUCCACCAGCAGAACCCCUUCAUGAGGGGGAACACCAUCAUCCGCUCCAAGACCUUCUCCCCUGGACCUCAGAGCCAGUACAUCUGCAGGAUUAACCGCAGUGACAGCGACAGUUCCACCCUCUCCAAGAAGUCUCCAUUUGUCAGAAACGCCUCAGAAAGACGCAGCAUGCGCAUGAAGAAGCCUCCUGUGCAGGUUAAAGGUCUGGACGGUCUGCUGCGGACGUCCCUGGACCUGGAGUUGGACCUACAGGUGUCUCGGACGCGGCAGGCCCGGCUGGCGCAGGAGCUGCGGGUGCUGCGGGAGCUGAAGACGCAGCUGGAGAAGGCGAGGCAGCAGGGCCAGAGAGAGCUGCCGGCCUGGGUCCAAGAAGACGAACGCUUCCGUCUCCUCCUCAAGCAGGCCGAGAAACAGACUCGUGAGGAGCAGCUGCAGGAGAAGCGGGUGGAGAAGAUGAUGAGGGCAGCGGCCAAGGACGUCCACAAGAUCAGAGGCCAGAGCCGUAAAGAGGUCCCCGAGGUCCAGACCUUCAGAGAGAAGAUGGCGUUCUUCACGCGAGCAAAGACCAGCAUCCCCGACCUGCCGGCCGACGACGUGUAGAGAAGCAUUUCAAAGUAUUUCCCCUCCGAGUCCUAACCUGCUGUUCCCACUCAAAUGAAGCAAACGUUUGGCGGUGUUAUGAAGAAUUUAAAAAAAUAUAUGUUUAGUAGGAAAAAAAUAAAAACUCAAAACCGUGAAGAAACACAUUUUUAAAGAGCUCAGCAUUUCUAAUGUGGAUAGUCUUUGUUUGUAAAUUAGUGAUAGCACUGCUACAGCUUUUUUUUAAUUUCACUCUCUCUUCCACUCUGUUUAUGGUGUUGUGUGUCUGUUACUAACAGGCUGUUUAUAGGCUCUUAGGUGUUUAAAAUCAUUCCAGAACAAAGUCACACAUCUGCACAUGUGUAUACAAAGAGUUUUGUACUAAAAUGACACAAAAAAUAUAUAUAUGUAUAUUGAUAGCACAAAACAAUAUCAAACAAUGGUACUAAAGCAAAAUAAGCAACUUAAGCUGAUGAUAAAAGAAAAUUAAAUAUCUAAACUUAAGAGAUAUUUAAUAUUGACCUUCAAGUAAUGUGUUUUUUAGAGCAUUUUGAAAACUUUACAGACAAACAUAAGCACACCUGAAGCUUUUCUGCAAUAUUGACAGCACAGACGGUUGUACAUAAGCAUCAUCAGCAUGCCUUCUGUUUCAGCUCUGGCGUCUCUCGCUACACGACACACGACACAGCAACACAAGAGGAAAACUUGAGUGUGUCUUCGCUUUACAAACAUUACUAGAUGAACUGGAUCUGAUGAUUCAAGAGCGGUUUUAACAAAUAAAGUUAAAAGUCGUCAUGAUUGUCGCUCACAAGUUACACACACACACUGACGCACACACACACACACACACUCAGCAAAGUAUAGAAACAGCACUAACUCUCACUAACACUCAGGUAGAUGAUCGGAUAGUCUGCACUUUAAGAAACUUGAGGUAAGAGUUUAAAAAAAGAAACUUGAUGUGGGUUUUUGGAAAAUUAAAAAAUAUCCAAAAACCUUUGCCUCGCGCUGGAAUGAUUGUUGAUUGUUGAGGCACACGAAGAUUGUCAAAACACACACAGAAAGUGAAGAUAAAUUGUAUUUUUGAUGACUGUGAACUUCUUACUGAUUGUAUGACUAAAAGAAGUGACUAAACACCCCCCCCCCCAACCCCCCAACCCCCCAGCCAAUAGGAAGAUAGCAGUCCUACUUCUUAAGGCUCCUGAUCUUCCCUGAUGACAUCUGAGCACUACAUGUGGUCAGUUUUUAUAGUUUCCCCUUCCGUCUGUUUCCACUCUGUAACUGCACAUUUUGGAUACAUAUCUGACUCGCUCUCAUGUCUCUUAGAACUGGACUUUCUGCAGCUGAAUCUGUGUAAUGUUGAUUCAUGUUAGCAUGGUGUCCCAGCAAAACUGAACACAUCACCUUCGUUUCUUAUCAAGUCUUUAUACCUGCACUAAUGUUUUUAUCUUAACAAUGGAUUCAAUGUGUAUAAUGUGAAAGGGGCCUCUCAUCGUGAUGCACCCACAGAGAAUUAUCACCUGACUCUCCAGUCCCCCUCUGCUCUACGGAGCUUUUUAGCGUCUUUCAGUUCAUUGUUUUGGUUUUAUGCCCCGCAUCUACACUGUUUUGGUUCACUCUCAUAGCAUUGUUUAAGGCUACCACAAGCAACAGAGAAGCUCUUAAACCCCACGUUGAGCGACCAGCUGGUGAACAUAGCGGAGCAUUUAGCAGCUAAAGAGCCAGAUAUUUCCCUCAGGAGCUGGUGGAGACCAAACACAGAGCUGACAGAGAGACAGUAUUGGACUUACAAUCAUCAGGCGAUAGAAACAUGACUCCAAAUGAACGAUCAUGUUGCUUCACAUCUGCUGGAUCUGUAAAUAGGCAACUGUUUUCUAACAUGUUCCCCUUAAAGUGAUAAUAGGUUAACGUUAACAGAGGCCAAAAAAAUCAGUUACUGCAGGUUUCAAUCCUGACUUUUUAUUCCAUGCCACAACUAAUUACAAGUUAUAUACUGUCUCAUAACCAAUGGCAAAAGGGAAUAUUGUCACUGAGAUGAAAUUAUUUGUCCUUUGCAGGUGGUCUGCCUAAAUCAAAGGACCAGUGUGCUAUUUUUGAUCGUUAGACCCUUAAAAAUAUUUAAGGAAUUGUCAGACUGCUUUAAAGUUUGAGAGAUGCAUUAUUUUUAAGGUUUCAGUUGUGUACUCUGCUGUGAAUUGUAACGUUUGUUCUGUUUUUAAAACCACCACGAUGACCAAAGAGGAGCAGACCUCGAAGGUUCUGCAUAGUGCUGGUGUCCAGUGGGUGGAAAACGGUUAAAGAAAUGUUCUGAAAUAAGUGCAUUUAGAGAAUCAAUGUACAGUAAAGGGAAAUUAAAUAAUUAGUUAGGAGGCUGGUGCCCCUUCAGGAACUUAAACUCUCUAUAAAAAGUCAUUCUAAGCACCAUGAACUAAUUAAUACUUGUGGAGUCAAACACUUAAUUCCACGAUUAUCCUUAGAUAAUUGAUCACUUGUAAAUUUGGACAUGCGGAACAACCCGAGAUGCCAUCAAUCUAUAGAUCUAACAUGAACUCUUCCUCGUGCCGUUAAAUGUGAGCCUUUGCACAGUAACCUGGCUGGGAAAUCAGAGGAGAAAGUGUCUUUUCCUCUUUUUAUUGGGGUGCAGAAGGUUGGAAAAAAUGUACUUUGUAUGUGUGGGAGUUAACUGUUUGUGCUCCUGUGAUGUGAUUUAUAUUCAGCUCAGUGAAGAGCUGAAUAUAAAUAUAUAUAUAUAAAUAUAAGUCAGACUGACGUCUGACUUUUUUUCCUCAAGUUUCCAAGGCAACCUGACUUACAGAUCAGCAGCAGACCUCGACUCUGGCACAUCUUUUGUUUACUGACUCUUUGUGUUUGUACCUGGAUGUUGAGUAGCUGUUGCAGAAGUUGUCCUUCGCGCUUUUAUCAACAUUUCACCUGCGUUAAAGCAAAACUCCCUGAAACGCUUCACUGUUUAGGUGAUAUACCUCAUGUUUCUAGUCGCUGUAAUAUUUUUAAUGAUCCUGCUGAUAACUGGACUCUUGCAGAAGGCCUGACAUUACAUUGAGAUAUUUAAAAUGGGUUUAAUAUUAAUGAUGAACUUGAGGUUUUGGUGUCAGAGGGGGUACUUUCACCAGUCAUACAGAGAGAGAUCCAUCAGAGAAGAUACACAGAGGCCAAUUUAAACUCCCGCAGGAGCAGGAAACAAGACCAGAAUGCAUUGCAGCAACAAAACAGGUUUAGUUUUCAAUAAGAGCUGGAAAAUCUUUCUCAUUAUUUUGCCUACUACCUCAUUUUUUGACCAGUUUCUUAUUAUAUUUCUUCCACAUAAAGUGUAGUGACUACAGUGCAAAGAAGCAUGUAAAAGCAGGUUAGCCAAUGUAAGCAGUUUACAGAAAGUUAAGGAAAACCAACAAGUCAGCAACAAAAUAAUAAAUAACUUACUAAUAAUAAUUAGCAGCAUGUUACAUCACUACAAGAGAGAUCGCGACUUAAGGCGGCGCUGUUUUCUGGCUGAAAUCAUUAUCACCUCCGAGCAUUAUCAAUAGAAAACACUGAAAAAUAUAAUAUAUAGAUAAAACUAAACCCUACAAAACAUUGCUACUAAAAUCUACAUCUGACUGCAACAAGUUGUUAAAGGCAUUCUGGGAAAUGUAGUAAAUGACUAAGUAGAAGUACUGUUGGCAGGUUGAGGGAACAGGGAAACCCACUACAAAGGUUGUAAAGUACACCCACUGGACGCAAAACAAUGGAACAUUUUGAGCGUCACAGAUUGAAAACAAGUCAAGUCAGUUUUAGUGAUGAUGAAUAAACUUCAUGCUGAAAAAAGGAAUCCUGUCAGAGGUCGUGAACUGGUUGUGUCUGUGGCGGCGUCAUCGCUAGUGGUUCACUUCUUGCUGGGUCACCGUGUUAACACGGAUUUUGGGUACUUUAGGUGCUAAGCGUCCACCACAUGGAACAAACCCUUCAUAUUAUAAUGUUUUCAUUCGCGGUGUAAAGAAGAAUGUAGCUGACUCAACCUGAGCUGCUGCUGUCAUUCCAGAUGUCUUACUGUUUGUAGAUAAACAGCAGAUCCAGUGGAGAGCCGACAUACAACCUUUUUUUUUUUUUUUGGCCUGUCAGCUGUGUAGUUCAUGUGUUGCCUUCGGUGUGUGUAUGUUUAAGACCAACAGAGGAAGUUGAUUUUGACCUAUUUUCCUAGCUGUUAGCUGUCUCCACUUCCUGUUCCUUUUUUCCAAGUCACCCUCCAAUCCUUAAGUGAUCUCUGAAAAGUCCCAAAAAUUCAAAUCAGCCUUGUUUUCUGAUAAUUAAAUGUUUUAAAUCCGCAAAAAAAAAGGAUAGUCACAACACAUUCAGGUAGAAGUAGGAAUAUUUUGCACAAGGGUAUAAGAAUAAUAAAUAUGCCACAAAAACACAGUAAUAAAACAACACUACAGCUCUUCAUCUCUUGUCUAGAAAAAGACAAAAAAAGUGAAACUUGAUGGAAACUGAAUCAAAUGCUGUGACAGAGUUCACACUGAGGCCGCGUUCACACUGCAGGAACAACGUGUUCGAUUCUGAUUUGCUGCUCAGAAUUAGUUGGGUUUUUUUUAAAUAUCCCAUAUCAGUCUGAACAGUCACACUUCUGAACUAAACAAUGUACAAAAGAUCAAAACCAAAGAUUUUACACCUGAAGUACACAAACAGAAAUGGAGGCCACCGGAGUCCUUGUGGUCCAAAUAAUACUUUACGUGUCUGCGUAGCCACAGGUAGCCGAGUGCUAUCAAUUUGUCAUCUGCUCACGUUUGCAACGGUCCACAUGCGGGGGCGUCCAUGUGUCUGCAUGUGUGGACAACUACGCUGACUGCACGUUUUGUGCAACGUGUCGGACACCCACUGUAGCGUGAACCGGACCGUGUGUCCAUUUUGGAGACUUAAGACAGUAUACGAAACCUAAACCUGCUACGAUGUCAGAUAAACGUAGUGGAGUUAAAAGCACAGUCUCCUCUAAAAUGUAGUGGAGUAGCAAAGCAGCAUACAAGUCCAUUAAAAAGUACUGGAGUAAAUGUACUUACAUUCCACUACUGUUUAAGACUCAUGCCUUGUAUUCUUGUUAUUCUGCACUCAAUGGCCGCUUUAUUGCAGAACAUUUGCAUUGGAUUGUACAGGUGUACCUAAUAAAGUGGCCAUUGAGUGUACAGAUUAUUAUGCAUCCUCAAGGUGCGAUCACAUGUAACGCGAAAGGAUUUUUUAUCUGUUGUCAAUGCUAUAUUUAAUAUUGUCAACAGCUCUGACUUAUUUAUUGUCCCCCGUGUCCCUGUACGUCCAUGGCGUCCCGGGGCCUCGGGGUAAGCGCAUAUUUUUUCAUAACUUUUUCAGCUUGCACAUGAGGUCUUUGUCCGCAGCAAGUGCACCGGUGACACUUCACUUUCUCAACACUAAAUCGCUCUGCCGUCAUGCCAAACCGGAGCAACAGAAAAGACUGUUCAGACUGAGGGCGCACUGCCACAAAUCAGGCACCUGUCAGAUUGAGGACCACAUGUGAAAGUCCCAUCCAAAAAUGUCACAAUUGUUGUGGGUAUUUUUUUUGUUGUUGUUGUUGUUGACGUUGUCAUUAAAGAUAAACAUAUCUUAGAGUCGUAUGACAGAAGCAGUCAGAUCUGGUUUCCACAGCCUCCUGCAGUGUGAAUGAGGGUUUUACUGCAGCAGGAACACUGUGAAAUUAUUGAAGGCCUUUGGAGUUGUGUGUGAGAGAGUGUGCCUUUGGAGAGCAACAUGUAAACUUUUAUUUUUUCUUUCUUUUUUUUUUUUUUUUUUUUUUUUUGUCUUAAAUGUCCAAACCUGGCCGCCAUCGCCUGAUCUGAAAGAAAGCGGAAAUGUAGAGAAGUGUUUGCAUUAAUUUUCCUAAUGUAAACAGUUUGUUGUUUUUGUUUUCCUCCACUGUAGAGCGAGUAGUUCUAAGGAAUAGGACUCUGUGUAGUCUGAGGAACAGUGCUGUCUGUUUUAAAGUCCAUUGGAUCGAUCGAUCGGCCGAAUGUUGUUUAACCUCGAAAUCAAAAAAGAUUCAUUUAUAUAUGACAACAUCUGGAUGAAGGAAUGUAGGUUUUUGCUACGAGAAAUCACGAUCAUUCAGAGAAAAAAAACAAAUGCUGUUAGUCACAAAUCAUGUAGGUUGUGAUGUAAUUCUUGUUUUGUUUUUUAAGUUCAAGUGCAUCUUUUUCCUCAUUUGAUUAUUGUUUUGUUUUUUUCUUCCUAAUGAAUCUGUUUGUGUUACAACUGGCGAUGAACCUGGUAAUGUGUAUGGAGGCGGCUAUGAGAAACAUACAGCAUGUAUUUAUUGCACUUUGUGAUUUGGGUGUGCUUUUCCUGUUUUUCUUUUUACCGCGAGAGUCCCGAAAAGCUGUGAAUUUUAUUCUCAGACACUGUAUUGUCGACCAGAGUUGUAAAUAUUUCACCAGCACAAAAAAAAAACCAAACAAACAAUAUGUUUUGUAGUUUCACAACAAAUAAAAAAAAAGUUCUUCUCUUCUA